AUGGAGACCGUGGAUACAUCCAAACGCCUGGCGAGCUUGAGACAGCUGAUGCAGGAGAACAAGGUUGAUGUAUAUAUUAUCCCGUCGGAAGAUAGCCAUCAGUCGGAAUAUAUUGCGCCAUGCGAUGGGCGCCGAGAGUUCAUUUCUGGAUUUUCUGGAUCUGCUGGAACUGCUAUUGUUUCCUUGACUGAGGCAGCCCUGUCUACCGAUGGCCGCUACUUCAACCAAGCAGCAAAGCAACUUGACAGCAACUGGAAGCUCUUAAAGCGGGGGGUCGAGGGUGUCCCAACGUGGCAGGAAUGGACUGGCCAGCAAGCCGAGGGUGGUAAAGUAGUUGGUGUUGAUCCGGCUUUAAUUACAGCCGCCGGCGCCCGCAGUCUCUCGGAGAGUCUAAAAAAGACUGGUUCGUCGCUUGUAGGAGUCCCGAAGAACCUGGUGGACAUCAUCUGGGGCGAGAACAGACCAGCUGCUCCAAGAGGGAUGGUCAAAGUCCACCCGGAAAAGUACGCUGGGAAGAGUUUCCAAGAAAAGAUUGCCGAUCUGCGAAAGGAAAUGGAGAACAAAAAGGCAGCUGGGUUUGUCAUUUCCAUGCUGGAUGAGAUUGCUUGGCUGCUUAACUUGAGAGGAAGCGACAUUCCUUACAACCCGGUGUUCUUUUCUUACUGCAUUGUCACGCCAACAACGGUCGAGCUUUAUAUCGACGAUGGAAAGCUGAGCCCAGAUGUUAAGGCGCAUCUCGGGCAAGACGUCAUUAUCAAACCUUAUAACUCUAUCUUUGCCGACGCCAAAGCACUUAGCGAGGCAAGAAAACAGGAUACUGAGGCCACUCCUUCUAAAUUCCUCCUAUCGAACAGAGGCUCAUGGGCUCUUAGCCUGAGCCUCGGAGGCGAGGACUAUGUUGAUGAAACUCGUAGCCCUAUUGGUGACGCUAAGGCCGUCAAGAAUGAUGUGGAACUGGCGGGUAUGAGAGCUUGUCACAUCCGGGAUGGAGCGGCCUUGAUUGAGUAUUUCGCAUGGCUGGAAAAUGAACUGAUAAACAAGAAAACACGAUUGGACGAAGUUGAUGCGGCCGACAAGUUGGAGGAGUUCAGGUCAAAACAUGACCUCUUUGCAGGUUUAUCCUUUGAUACCAUCUCCUCAACCGGUCCCAACGGCGCCGUGAUUCAUUACAAACCCGAGAAAGGAAGCUGCUCCGUCAUAGAUCCCACUGCUAUCUAUCUUUGCGAUUCUGGUGGCCAGUAUCUUGAUGGAACCACAGAUGUUACCCGAACAUUCCACUUCGGAACACCUACGGAACUGGAAAAGAAGGCUUUUACUCUUGUGCUCAAGGGACUUAUCGGCAUAGAUUCUGCUGUUUUCCCUAAAGGCACAAGCGGAUUUGCGAUUGAUGCCCUAGCCCGGCAGUUCUUGUGGAAAGAAGGGCUCGACUUCUUGCAUGGAACUGGUCACGGAAUUGGAUCAUACCUGAACGUUCACGAAGGUCCCGUGGGAAUUGGUACCCGUGUGCAAUAUACUGAAGUCCCGUUAGCGCCAGGAAAUGUCAUCUCCGACGAACCUGGAUUUUACGAGGACGGGAAAUUCGGCAUUCGCAUUGAGAACGUGAUCAUGGUGCGCGAGGUCCAAACGACACAUAAAUUUGGCGAGCGACCCUGGCUAGGCUUUGAGCAUGUUACCAUGGCUCCCAUCGGCCUCAACCUGAUUGAACCAUCGCUUCUGAACGAUUCUGAAAUCAAAUGGGUGAAUGAUUACCAUGCAGAGGUCGGCCGAAAUCCUUACGCGAACGGUCACGGGCACUCCGAUGCCAACAGCCGAUACGAUCGCAGUGAUGGAGGAGGGUACGGGAGCAGCAGCAAUCUUGGUGUAAAUGGAUAUGGGCCGGGCGGGGAAAGGGAGCGACGUCCGGGCGGUUACGGUGGGUUUUACUCAGAAGGGUCGCAGCAGGCUUCACUGUCGCCAGCGCAUUCCCCGGAAAGACGUCGCGAACGAUUGGACAAAGACCGGUCAUAUUCCUCAUCCCGAUCACGAACAAGAGGAGGAGAGUCAGAGAGGGAGAUACCCGCCCAAGGCUCCCGAGAUGGCGAUUCGCGUGGAGGCGAAGCCAGCCGGCUAGGAAAUAGCAGUAGCCAAGAAAGGGAGCAUGCUACUACCAGCGCAGGGGGAUCACAAGCUGUGGAGGGUGUCCUACAUUUCAUCCAGCGCGAAUGGAACUUCGUGGCCUCCGAUGAUUGCGUGCCGGUGCAGGUGGCGCUACAAUUGAUGGACACAAGUACUCUUGGAAAAGCUGAUCGCGAACCGGAUUUCUUACAUAUGCAUGACCAGAUUCAGAAGACACUGAAGUCUAUUGUCAAUGAACAUCACCAGGGCUUUAAUAGUUCCAUUGGUACAUACCACAAGAUUCAGUCAAACAUACAGAGCUCUCAGAGCCGGGUUCGGAACCUGAAACAUGCGCUAGAGGAGGCGAAAUCUGGACUGCUCUCAACCAAACCCGAGCUGAAGGACCUGGCCACUUCAUCUCAGAAAUACGACGACAUAAUCCAACUAUUCAGUCAGAUCCAAGAACUUCAGUCUCUUCCAGAACAGCUCGAGUCUCAAGUAUCCAACAAGCGAUUUCUUGGGGCAGUUGAGGUACUUCAUCACGCCCUGCGACUCUUGAGGCGCUCCGAGCUAGAGAACAUCGGCGCGCUUGCGGACAUUCGAGCAUACUUUGGCAAUCAGGAGUCAUCGCUUACAGAUAUUCUGGUCGAGGAGCUACACGAUCACCUUUAUCUGAAAUCUCCGUAUUGCUCCAGUCGCUGGAAGCCUCCAAGUGCAGAGGCGGAAACCAACGGAGUGAAUUCUUCCACCUGGACCGGACCCGGGGCAUGGGAACGGCCUGUUUAUGGCUUCCUUGCGAAGCUAGAUGCCUCAAAGCCCAUGAUUGAGGACGCUUCUCGUAACCCCGAGGCGGACACAUUUUCCUAUCUACAACUUCUCAUCGAAGCUUUGAAUAAAAUGGGGCAUCUAGACAUAGCCGUUGACCGUAUCGAACAACGGCUUCCAGUGGAGCUUUUUGCGGUAGUUGAUAAAACGAAUGGGGAGAUUGACGUUCGGUAUUCAGAUGUUGCACGAGGACCUACCUCUGAGAAUGGUAGCAUGAGUUCUCCUGCAGAAAUCAUUGAGAAGCGUGGGCAUGUGCUUUCAGAAUUUCUGCGGACGCUUUAUGCAAAGUUUGAAGCUAUUGCUGAAGGACACCGUGUUGUUCAUGAUGUAAUAGCAGCAAUCGUUGAGCGUGAGGGAAUACCCAAGAGUAAUACCCUUGCCGGUGGGUUCAAGGAACUGUGGAAACUCUAUCAAAGCGAGAUCCGCUCGCUGUUGCACGAUUAUCUAGCAACAGAUGGGGAAUCUUCCAUCCGGGCAAUGGAUGAGGAGGCGGAUGCUCGGCGUCAGCUCUACUCGGGACAUAGAGACAAGAAUAAGAUGUCCGAGACUGGUCGAACAGCGGAAAUGAAAGCUGAACAGGACGAGCUGGACGAGAUUCUCAGGUCAUCUGUGCCUGGCCUAGUGUCUAAAUCAGAGAAAAAUUCUACUUCUGAUGGUGAUGAUAUAUGCGAGUCUAGGCAGGGAACAGGUCACAAGAUUCUCAUCAAGCCUAGUGUGUUUAACAUGAGUUUAUUGCUGCCACCUUCUCUCUCCUUCAUACAACGACUGAAAGAUAUCGUGCCGGUGGACUCUGACAUGGUUACAACCACAUUAACUUCGUUCCUUGAUGAUUUCCUUGUGAACGUUUUCCUACCACAACUUGAUGAGACUGUCACAGAUCUUUGCACUCUCAGCUUCAUUGCCCCAGAUGCAUUCACAGAAGAUCCACAAUGGUCCGCCAUCUCCCCUCGACCAGUCUUUAAGGGGACGGUAAAAUUCAUGUCAGUUGUGCGAGAAUUUAGUAAAAUGCUCUCCAGCAUUCCUCACGAUCAAGCAUUCACCCAGCUUUUGAUCGCCCAGAUAGUGACGUAUUAUGAUAAGUGUUGUGGAUGGUAUAAAGCUAUCGUCUCGAAGAUUUCGCCCCGGGGAAAUAAAGAAGUUCAGCUCAAAGCAGGAGCAGGAUUUGCGGAGUCAGGUCCAAUCCAUGAUAUAGUUUCUGAACUUUGGACAGACUCUAGCAGCAACAAGCAGGAGCUUAUUGACAAGGAAACUGAGUUUCUUAUCAAGCAAACCGAUAGAGUACCACUGGAGCCAUUUGACAUCAUCUCUGACCAGAAGUCGGUAGUAUCUCUAUCUCUUCUUUAUAACAGCAUGCAAUGGCUUGCGACCCAUCUUGCCAAACUACGUCAGGCUUCCUCGCCGUUUGCAGAUUCACGACCUGUCCAGUCUGGAACUGGAACAUCAAAUCGUCGUUGGACUUUGAUCGGCGCCAUGAAACCGAAGCGUGACAGCAUCGCACAGCCAGUAUAUCUCCCAUUGAAUCCGGAAACAGGCACUGCAUUUGACACCACUCUUCAAUCAUUACGAGAUCUUUCGCUCACUGCCCUAUUCGCUUUGCAUAUUGAUAUUCGAUGCGGAGUGAUUCAUAUGCUGACACGAACCAUGGCUGGCCCUACACCCCCUGUUAGUCGCAACUCAGAGCCUACGACCCCAUCUCCAAGCUCAAGCGGCGGCUGGUUCCAUAUUAUCAUGGGACCACCAACCGCAGCCUCGCAGACAAUCCUCGAGCUGAAUAAGGACCUUAUUAGUUUCGACACGAAUAUUUCGUCAUACCUGGGCGCUGCCGAACGUCGCUUCAUUACGUCCGGGCUUGCUCGGUUCAUCGAUCGAGCGUUUGUUUCAAGUACUCGCCACAUCUGGGCUAUGAACGAGAAUGGAGCAUUGCGCCUGCAAUUAGAUGUUCUUGUGCUUCAGCAAAACAUGAAGAAUAUUAUUAUAAACCCAACUGAAACGGGGGGAUUCGAUGAGAGCGACACCUCAUACCAAGCCGAAGAAGACAACGAGAUUGUCGCUCUCCCCAGAAGUGCCAAGUUCCUAGACUGGUUCUUGGAAGGUGCGGAGAAAGCGCUUGAUUAUGCAAAGGAAGAAAAGGAGUACUUUGCGGCACAGGGUGACAAGGCUCUGGCCGCUGGAGAUGGCGAGCCGUUUAGCUACGACGAGCUCAAGGUCCUGGUCGAUCUAUGCUUCUCGGAUAUCCUCAGAGGGCCUAGAGGCGAAGACAACCGGGAAGAUUUCAUGGCUGCAAAGAAAGCCAGGGCGGAUGCACUUUUGAGACUCAACGAGGUCAUGUGGGAUUCUAAGUAA